UAAAAUUCGAGAAGAAAUCAACCGACUUUUCAAUUUUCCCGUACUACCGAUCGCCUGAAUUUCCGAUUAUCGUUGCCGCCGGCGAGGAACCGUUUUCUAAUUGAUCAGAUUUUUAGGUAUUCUUUAAGACAUGUAUGAUAAUCUAGGAGGACAGCCAGGAGUACCCAGACCACCUAAUGCGCAGCAGCCCAGUCCUUUUGGAAAUACAUUUUAUGGUGCGAGUUCGGGAUUCAUAAGAGGUGGGCUGGGUGCCUAUGGGGAGAAAAUCUUGGGAUCUAGCUCGGAAUAUGUGCAAAGCAAUAUCAGCCGCUAUUUCUCUGACCCACAAUACUAUUUCCAAGUUAAUGAUCAUUAUGUGAAGAAUAAGUUAAAGGUUGUUCUAUUCCCGUUCCUGCACAGGGGUCAUUGGACAAGAAUUACAGAGCCAGUGGGUGGUAGACUUUCCUACAAACCCCCUAUUUAUGAUAUAAAUGCUCCGGACUUGUACAUACCUCUCAUGGCAUUUGGUACUUAUGUGGUGCUUGCUGGGUUAUCAUUGGGACUUCAUGGAAAGUUUAGCCCGGAAGCCCUGAACUGGCUAUUUGUUAAAGGUGUCGUUGGCUGGUCCUUUCAAGUUGCGCUGCUAAAGAUGUCACUGUUCUCCCUGGGUAGUGGGGAGGCUCCUUUGCUCGACAUUGUGGCGUAUGCUGGAUACACCUUCACCGGAUUGUCUUUUGCAAUACUAGGGAAGAUAUUUUGGGGCUAUGCAUACUACUUUUUGCUGCCGUGGACAUGCUUGUGCAUGGGAACUUUCCUGGUGAAGACCAUGAAGAGAGUUCUUUUUGCAGAAGUGAGGACCUACGAUUCGAGCAGACACCAUUACCUGCUGCUCUUCAUUGCCUUGGCGCAGUUCCCUCUUCUGAUUUGGCUCGGGAAUAUUACUCUCAACUGGCUUGUUUGAAGUGGCGAUUGGGCACAAGCUGCUGCUUUAAGGUUUAGUUGAUGUUUAUAUGCAAAAUUUUGCAGGCAAAUUUGUUAGUUGUUUGUUUGGUCAUAUAUAAUUCUUAUCGUAGAGUAUGUUGUGCUUUAUUUCAUGGUCAGUUACUUCUUUAAAGAGUAUAGGUGAUGUUAAUAUGCUACCUCAUAAAUUUUGCUGUCGAAUUUGUUUGUAAUUUAAUCAAACUUUAUUAUUUUCAGAGAA